ACGUCAUAAUCCAUUUGUUUUUACCGAUUCCUCCUUCUAGAGACCCUUGCAGCCGACGCUUGGGAUAAUUCAGCCAUUUUCUAUCUAAAAGAUCUGAAAGUGGGGAAUUAGGCUAGUCGUGCUGCUCUCAAAUCUUUUUCCUUUCAAGUUAAGUUCAGUAAUGGAAUUUCCCUUGCGUUUUGAACUGGAAAAAUCUCACCGCGAUGACUUUGCCUUAGCUCCAGCUUUGUCAAACGAUUACCAGAAAAUUCCAGAAUUUCCGUGCGCCGAGUACCGCGAGGACACCCACCCAAAGCGUCUCCUAGAUGACAUUAGCUCUGACGCAGGUUCCAAAGUCCCACUCCUCCUGAAAUCUGCGCUCAAGUCGGACACAUCUCGCAAGCUUGGAAUAGCAAAACCACGAAGGAAACGAGUAAAAUUUACAGUCGACACCCAUAAAAGCACAGCAUCCAGAACCUCUACUCCUUUGAGUAAGAGGUUGAAGAUUUUGGCGCUAGACCUGGAUAGACUGGAUGGCCUUCCAGACAUCAUCUUCCGGUCCACCAACAAGCAAAAGACACGCAGAACAAGGCACCUCAAGUCUUAUAUCCGAUUCGGGAUCAAAGAUGUCGCCAUGCUACGCGCCACACAGGAACAAGAGACGAUGGUAGACCAAGCUAUCUUGAAAUGUCUUCGUGAGUUUAAGAAAGAUCCAGGUCAAGAGGUUACCUGCACCAUGUUUACUCAUCCUUCAGAAAAGGACCUGCAAACUUUACCGUAUGAAUGGCAACCUAUGCAAGCAGAGUACCCUCCAUCAUUCACGAUGGAAGGAACCCUAGCAGCUUUUCCGAAGCACUCACUUUCGGAGUCCUACUGUUACCAGUCCGACAUACCAAGGUCUGGCAGCGAACUUGUGGGGCACCUGUCUGAUGCAUUUGCUGCUCUCAACAUACAUCGCUUUGAUUAGCAGUUUAGAGGGAGAAACUGGUGAAGGGGAAAGAAACAGCUAACCUGCCGAGUGAACAUAGUUUAACUUCAACUUAAUUAGAAUAGAUUACUUUACUCCAUCGCCUUGUGUUUUCAACCUUUCAUAUGUGUAAAUUAGGUCCAAAGAAAGAAUACAGAUAUAUAAACAUGCAAA